UGCAAUAACCAGAUAGCUUCAUUUUUUACAAAAAUCAGUUUUUCACGGAGUAUUAUUCAUUGUACUAUCAUGACUAAAUAUUUUAAUGUUAAAUAUUGAUAUUUUCAGACCUCUAAUUGGUAUCAAGUCAAAAUCGAAAUGGUAAAAAUAAAGAAAUGUGGUGCUCUUUGUAUCCGUUAUACUGUGUAUAUUAAUUGUCAUAUAUAUGUUUUAUUUUUAAUAUUCAAUAAACCGACAAUGAAAACAUCUACUUUAAAAUUAAAUAGUAUGGCGACAAUCAACAAUGAUUAUUUUGAGAAAUGUGCACCACGGAUAACGUGUGAUCCAAACGCAAAAUACAGGACAAUCAAUGGGUCGUGUAAUAAUUUACAAAAUCCUAGCUGGGGCGAAGCAUUAACUCCUUUUUAUAGAUAUAUGAAUCCGAUGUUUAGCGAUGGGAUCUCAGAUUUUCUGCUACAAUCGGAUGGAAGUCCAUUACCAAAUGCUCGAAACCUUAUUUUAAGGAUAUUCAAAGACACGCGAGUAGGACUCGUGGUCAUGAAAACAAUGAACUCUUGGUACCAUGGGCCCAAUUUAUCACCCACGAUGUGGCUUAUUCUCCACUGCCCUAGAACAUUGCCACGACAAGAAUCCACCAGUAGAAUGUGAGGCGACCAUUCCAAAUCUCCAGACGAUCCAGACGAAGAAAUUUGUAUGUUUCACAGUUGGGCUUAAGUUUCAUAAAUCGUCUAAAUAAUA